GUAAAGUAAGGUUAUGAUCAAGAAACGAAAAUAUAAACAAAUCUAUUGAAAAAUAGAAAAUACUAUUACUACUGCUUUAUUCAUAUUUUAUCAUUCUACAGCGAAAAUAGACCAUUUUUAUUCAGCAUGAACGCCGAUCCACAAACCAUCCCACAAAAACCAGUAUUUAAAUCUUCCUCCUGGUAUCUAUCCAGACAAUCAAAUAAAAAGAGAGCCUGGAAAGGCCUAAAGCAAAUUAUUUCAUCGGAAAAAUCGUUGCCGUGGGCGGAAAACGUGGUGCACUACAGCAGUAUUAACGCUCCGCCAUCAUUUAAACCACCAGAAAAGUUUUCAGACUUGUCCGGCCUACUCGCACCUUACACAGAUCCACAAAGCAGGUUAAGGUAUGCCAAUAAGGAAGAAUAUGCCACUAUUAUUGACCUUCCUAUGGACAUCACUGCAGGUUAUCUAGCUUUAAGGGGUGCAACUAGUAUUGUUGGUUAACUUUUAUUUAGAUAGACACAAGUGGUUAAUUGAAUACUUAUUUUUUAGACUAGUUCAGGCACAGAUGUAAAUAGCUCUGUGCGGAGCUAUUUACAUCUGUGGUUCAGGUUGUAGUAUCUAGGGAAUAGUUUAAAUUAUGUACUAGUUACUAAAAUUUCAGUUUGUAACACUUCUAAAUACAUGAAUAAGUCUAUUUGCUUCUUUAUAAUUAGAUAUAUAAGAUAAUAUAUUGAUAAUACCCAAUAAAAUAGUUACCUAA